AUGGGCCUUCACAUCUCGGUGGUGCUUGCGCUCUCGGCCAUGACGCUCGCGAACAAUGAUGUUGCCCCCUUCGACGCGGCGCCUUCCACCACGACGUCGGGCGACGACACGGCCGUCCAGGACUUGCCCAACAUGCAGUGGGCCGCCGUUCGGGAGCAAAUUCCGAGUGAUAUCCACAACGAAGCGGGCUUGGGAAGCCUCCAAACAAACCAAGGCUAG